AUGAAGAAUACGCAACUCGUGUGGUCAGCGAGCAGACACGAAUGUUUUCUACUUUAUUCCAUCAUUGUGUAUUUAAUUUUUCCGAAAAUCUGUGAAGAAAUUGAUCACUGCUUACCGACACACAGCCCUGCGCAUGUGCGUGCGCAAGCUCAAAACCAUAACACAGUCCUCGGAUUCUCUCACUCAUUAAUUUUCCUCAUUUCUGUUUCUUCUCUUCCGCUUUCUCCCUAUCUCUUUCUCUCUCUCUCUCUCUCUCUCUCUCAAGUAUUUUCUUUCGGCUUCUGUCUCUUUGUACUUUCUUUUAUCUUCCUAUUUUCCUUUUUCUCUCCAUCACAUCUGUCCAUUUCUAUUUUUUCUUUAUUUCUACGUCUACUUCUUCCUAUUUUAUCCUCCCUAAACACUCUCUUUUGUCUGUUCUCCUUCAUUUCAUUAUCUCCUUCUCAUCCUAUCUCUAUUUCUAAUGUACUUUCACUUUUACUUUCACUUUCCCUAUCUUGUUGUUUUCACUUUUUGAACUCCCUUUCUCUCUAUUUAAUUACAACUCUCUUUAUAUAUCCCUCCCUUUCUCGAACGAUCACCGAAGUUAACCAAUGUCGAACCUGCCCCUCUCAUUCUCUUUCUUUCUCCUUUCUUCUGCCAGGUUCUUUCUUUCUCUUUUCUGUUCUCUCUAAUUUUUCUUCCAUUUCCUCUUUUUCUUUCUUAUAUCCCUGUCCCCUACCCACAAAUUCACAACUAACUUUCUUUCAUUCACACACACACACACACAUACUCUCUCUCUCUCUCUCUCUCUCUCUCUCUCUCUCUCUCUCUCUCUCUCUCUCUCUCUCUCUCUCUAUACGAGUCAAACUCUCUUUUCGUUCGAUCUUACUCAAUGUCUUCCCUCUUUUUCUACUGGCCUGUCUUUCUUUUUUCUUUUUUACCUACUCCCUAUUUCUUUCAAUCUUUCUUUACAUUAAACUUACUUACCUCUCUUUCUGUGUUAGCUCUUCUCUAUGUAGCUUUCCCUUUCCUACAUUCGAUUUAUUUACCUCUCUUUCUGUCGUAUCUCCUCUCUAUUUUGGUUUCCCUCUCUUUCUUUACAUUCGACUCAUUACCUCUCUUUCUGUGGUAUCUCCUCUCUCUGUUGACCUCUCUCUUUCUUUACAUUUGACUUACCUCUCUUUCUGUGUUUGCUCUUCUCUAUGUAGGUUUCACUUUUCUACAUUGGAUUUACUUACCUCUCUUUCUGUGUUAGCUCCUCUCUAUGUUGAUCUCCCUCUCUCUCUUUCUUUACAUUCGACUUACUUACCUCUCUUCCUUUGA